GCGCAGCCGGGCCCGCUCCUCCUGCGCUCCGCCAGUGUCCGGCCGCGGGCCGGCCUUAGUGACUGGGGGCUGCGGGCCCGGGGCCGGCGGGCGCGGGCGCGGGCUGCCUUCGUCGGGCCCCGAGCUCGCCCGGAGCGAGCAGCCGCCCGCGACCGCCGCGGAGCCUCGCCCGCUCCCGCCGGCGAGCAAGAUGAUGUGCGAGGUGAUGCCGACCAUCAGUGAGGCAGAAGGCCCGCCCGGAGGAAGCGGGACCCACGGGUCGGGCUCCCCUUCGCAGCCGGAUGCAGAUUCCCACUUUGAGCAGUUGAUGGUGUCCAUGCUGGAGGAGAGGGACCGUCUCCUGGACACGCUGCGAGAGACUCAGGAAACGCUGGCGUUGACCCAGGGGAAGUUGCAUGAGGUCGGUCAUGAAAGAGAUUCCUUGCAGAGACAGCUCAACACUGCCCUUCCACAGGAGUUUGCGGCGCUUACUAAGGAGCUCAACGUCUGCAGGGAGCAGCUCCUGGAGAGAGAGGAGGAGAUCGCGGAACUGAAGGCAGAGAGGAACAACACCAGGCUGCUGCUGGAGCACUUGGAGUGCCUCGUGUCCAGGCACGAGAGGUCUCUCCGGAUGACGGUGGUGAAGCGGCAGGCGCAGUCCCCGGCCGGCGUGUCCAGCGAGGUGGAGGUGCUCAAGGCCCUGAAGUCCCUGUUCGAGCACCACAAAGCUCUGGAUGAAAAGGUGAGAGAGCGGUUACGAGUAGCACUUGAAAGGUGUAGUUUGUUAGAAGAAGAAUUAGGGGCCACACACAAAGAGCUAAUGAUUCUUAAAGAACAGAAUAAUCAGAAAAAAACCCUAACAGAUGGAGUGCAUGACAUAAACCACGAACAAGAAAAUAUGCCGAGCACGAAUGGAAAGAGAGCUUCUGACGGUUCUUUAAGCCACGAGGAAGACCUCGCCAAGGUCAUCGAGCUCCAGGAAAUCGUGGACAAGCAGUCAAAGGAGCAGAGCCAGAUGAAGGAGCGCCUGGCCGCCCUCUCCGCUCACGUGGCCGAGCUGGAGGAGGACCUGGACACGGCACGCAAGGACCUCAUCAAGUCCGAAGAAGUGAACACAAAGCUGCAGCGAGAUGUCCGUGAAGCCGUGGCCCAGAAGGAGGACAUGGAGGAGAGGAUCACCACCCUUGAGAAGCGCUACCUCGCGGCACAGCGUGAAGCCACCUCUGUGCACGACCUCAACGACAAACUUGAAAAUGAGAUUGCCAAUAAAGACUCUAUGCAUCGACAGACGGAGGAUAAAAACCGCCAGUUGCAGGAGCGCCUGGAGUUGGCGGAGCAGAAGCUGCAGCAGACCCUGAGGAAGGCCGAGACGCUGCCCGAGGUGGAAGCCGAGCUGGCCCAGAGGGUGGCCGCCCUCUCCAAGUCCGACCCUUUAUCUUCUGGACACUCUGCUGCUGAGGAAGCUAAACUGUCGGAACUCGCUUCCCAGCUUAGGAAGGCCGAGGAGAGGCAUGGCAACAUCGAGGAAAGGCUGCGGCAGAUGGAGGCCCAGCUGGAGGAAAAGAACCAAGAACUGCAGCGGGCAAGGCAGAGGGAGAAGAUGAACGAGGAGCAUAACAGGCGUCUGUCGGACACUGUCGACAAGCUCCUUUCCGAGUCUAACGAGCGGUUGCAGCUUCAUCUGAAGGAGAGAAUGGCUGCUCUGGAAGACAAGAACUCUCUAUUACGAGAAGUUGAAAAUGUGAAAAAGCAGUUAGAAGAAACGCAACGUGAGAAGGAUCGGCUCCUACUGAACGUGGAAGCACUGAGGGCUGAAUUAGAGCAGGCGAGACUGAGAGGCUCUUCCCUUCACCACGGGCGACCGCACUUGGGCAGCGUCCCAGAUUUCAGGUUCCCUCUGGCGGACGGCCCCACGGAUGCCUACAGCAGCGCGGUGUUGCGCCCCCGGAAAGGCCGUGUGGCCGCUCUGCGAGAUGAGCCUUCCAAGGUACAGACUCUUAACGAACAGGAUUGGGAACGUGCCCAACAAGCUAGCGUCCUAGCAAAUGUGGCGCAGGCGUUCGAGAGCGACGUCGACGUGUCUGAUGGCGAAGACGACGGGGACACGCUCUUCAGUUCGGCCGCUCUGCUCUCGCCCAGUGGGCAGGCCGAUGCCCAGACGCUGGCCAUGAUGCUGCAGGAACAGCUGGACGCCAUCAACAAAGAGAUCAGGCUCAUUCAAGAAGAGAAGGAGAGCGCGGAACAGCGGGCGGAGGAGAUUGAGAGCCGAGUGGGCAGCGGCAGCUUAGACAGCCCCGGCCGUUUUAGACCCGCGGGCUCCGGCGCCCCGCACCCCGCGUCCCCGCUCGCGGGCCCCUCCCCUCCACACAGCGGGCGCUCCACCCCACGGAGGGGCCCGCACAGCCCCGCCAGGGAGGUGGACAGACUGGGGGUCAUGACUCUAUUGCCGGCUUCGCGCGAAGAGGUACGAGACGACAAGGCAACGAUAAAAUGUGAAACGUCCCCUCCUUCCUCCCCGAGGUCCCUGCGCUUGGACAGACUGCACCAGGGGGUGCUCCACGCGGCCAGCCACGAGGACAUCAGGGACGCCAGAAACUCGACAGGCUCGCAGGACGGCCCCGUGAGCAACCCCAGCAGCAGCAACAGUAGCCAGGACUCGCUGCACAAAGCGCCCAAGAAGAAGGGCAUCAAGUCUUCCAUCGGCCGCCUGUUUGGCAAGAAAGAAAAGGGCCGUCCGGGCCACGCUGGCAAGGAUCCCGCGGGACCAGCUGCUGUUUUGGAGGUGGAAAACUCCUCUCAGGACGCCCUGGGACUCAGCAAAUUGGGCGGACAGGCUGAGAAAAACCGUAAACUUCAAAAAAAGCACGAAUUGCUCGAGGAAGCCCGGAGACAAGGUUUACCUUUCGCCCAGUGGGACGGGCCCACCGUUGUUGUUUGGCUGGAGCUCUGGGUCGGGAUGCCUGCCUGGUACGUAGCCGCUUGCCGAGCCAACGUGAAAAGCGGGGCCAUCAUGUCUGCGCUGUCCGACACGGAGAUCCAGCGUGAGAUCGGCAUCAGCAACCCUCUGCACCGGCUGAAGCUGCGGCUGGCCAUUCAGGAGAUCAUGUCCCUGACUAGUCCGUCAGCCCCUCCCACUUCGAGAACGACGCUGGCAUACGGGGACAUGAACCACGAGUGGAUCGGCAACGAGUGGCUGCCCAGCCUGGGCCUCGCGCAGUACCGCAGCUACUUCAUGGAGUGCCUGGUGGACGCGCGCAUGCUGGACCACCUGACCAAGAAGGACCUCCGAGGGCAGCUGAAGAUGGUCGACAGCUUCCACAGAAACAGUUUCCAGUGCGGAAUUAUGUGCCUGCGAAGGUUGAAUUACGACCGUAAAGAGCUAGAGAGAAAAAGAGAAGAAAGCCAGAGUGAAGUAAAAGAUGUGCUGGUUUGGAGCAAUGACCGAGUGAUUCGCUGGGUCCUGUCGAUUGGCCUUAAAGAGUUUGCGAACAAUCUCGUAGAGAGUGGCGUUCACGGUGCGCUGAUGGCCUUAGAUGAGACCUUCGACUUCAACGCCCUGGCGCUUCUGCUUCAGAUCCCGACCCAGAACACACAGGCUCGUGCCGUCUUGGAAAGGGAGUUUAACAACCUUUUGGUCAUGGGGACGGACAGAAGAUUCGACGAAGAUGAUGAUAAAAGCUUUAGGAGGGCACCUUCUUGGAGAAAAAAAUUCAGACCAAAGGACGUUCGUGGCUUGGCUGCUGGGUCUGCAGAGACUCUCCCCGCAAAUUUCCGGGUCACUUCCUCUCUGUCCUCACCCUCUAUGCAGCCAAAGAAGAUACAGCUGGACGGCAGCGUUUCGGGACCGCAGAGGCUGGAUUCCGCCACAGUCAGGACUUACUCCUGCUGACCCCCCCUGUGUUUACCCACACUACUUCUACCGGUGAUCAUGCAGCACUCUGAGUCCGGAGGGGACUAUGUUGUAAAGUUCAGCGGGAUCUUUAAUCUGUUAAUACUUGUUAUAUGGACCCUGAGAUAUUUUAUUACAGAGUUUUUAAUUAGUGAAGAAUUCAUGAAUACCAUAGAGAAAAUAUUUUAGAAUUUAAUGUUUCUUAUAUUUAUGUAAACUUAUGACUUCUUUUAUAUAGUUACUUACUUUUUCAUGUAUAUCCAGGCUAUAAAUAUCCUUUCCAAUCAAUUCAUGUUCUUCUGUCUGAGUUUAGUCUUUCAAACGAAUGUACUUGUAAUGCUUGUAUGUAUAAAUCCUAUGAACAAAUAUAGGGCUUUUGUAAAUUAUGCAUUUAUUGUAAUUAUCAUUGUUUAAUUUUUUAUUAAUAAACCCUGACAGAGAAAAGGAUUUUACCGCGUUUGUAAAAUCAUCGUGACACAGCGUGCAUUUUCCUUUACAAAUGUCACGUACAAUCAUUUUGAAAUAAUCAGACUUAAUUUUGAGCAAUUGUUGUAUUUUAAUGACUGACCUUAACUACACUUUUUCUAGCAAGAAAUGCUUUAUUCUGCAGUGUGAACAGAUUAAAAAUAUCUGGUGUUAAAUAUCAGCUAAUAAAACUGGGAGCGGAAGGGUUAUCGCAACACUACGAGCAUCUCCUAGGACCGGUGAGCCCUUUCAGAGCCUUGUCCCUGGGGGCUUGGGCAGCUUUUGCCUGGAGUGACCGGCAGGACCCGGGAGCUGAGGACCCAGAAAGCCUGGGCAGGGGGGCCUGGGCACCCCGAGCUCCCUGGCCCCAGAACUCUCAGAGGACCAAUCAGGAGGAAGCACUGGGCUCCCACCGCGGGGCAGGGUGCUGGGUGCCCACCCAGGAGGAGGGCGCAAGAUCCUGGAAAUAAUGUAGUGCCACUCUAAUAAAGGCCUUAUUGUUCUUACGGAAAUCAACUUUUUACAUUUGUUUGUAAACAUGUUUAAAGAGUGGACCUCAUCGUCCAUUUGUAGAUUUUGAUGCGACAGCCAUUUCGGUUUAUAGAAGUAGCAAAUGUAACUUACUUUUUACGCGGCAUAUUAAAAAGCCAGCAAGAAAUGUGCUCA